AUGCUCCAAAAUAUAGACGAUAACGUACCUAAUUUAAAAAAUGUUGUUAAUAUGAAUAGCUCUUCAACCGAUGAUACAAUGAGAUUGGCCGCAAUCACAAGGAAAACUGCACCUCCCUUGAAUUUGUUUUUUCUUUUUCCAAAUGGCAGGAAUGGCUUUGGCGAGGAAAGAGAAAAUGCGUGUACCCCCCUUGAUUACUUUCAAAACCGGGUAAUGAGUAUUGACAAGAGGUUCAACAGAAAUGAUUAUUUAUUUUAUGCUCUAUCCAUUGUUGAAUAUUUUCGUGCAAAAUCAAGCGUAUCUGUGUCAUGUAGGAUGCGACAAGGUCAUGGAGAGCAAACACCACAGGGACUUGUAGAUAAUAUGCAUCUCACUAUGAGAAAUAUUCGAGGAUCGGCAUCAUAUUGGCAGAAAUGUUGCUCUGAAUUGAUUGCCAUGGUUAGAACUUUAGGGCCUCCCACAUGGUUUUUAACAUUUUCCUGCAAUGAUUUAAAUUGGCCAGACAUGAUAAAAGCCUUGCUUAUCGCUGAUGGAGGUGAUAUCGAUGACGUCGAUCGCCUGUCAUUCCCGGAGCGCUUGAAUCUAGUGCAAAAACAUCCGGUAGUGUUAGCACGACAGUUCACAGUACGUGUUAACGCUCUCAUGCGAUUCUUAAAGAGAAAUAAAGAUUGCUUGGGUGGUCUUAUUGAAGAUUUUUGGUACCGAGUGGAGUUUCAAAACCGCGGUAGCCCACAUCUGCAUAUGUUAGUCUGGUGUAGUAAUGUUCCGAAUUUCACCACUCCAGAAGGAGUUGCUGUAAUUGAAAGGGUGGUUUCAUGUUCAUUAACUCUUAAUGACCUUGUGUUGCGCAAAUUAGUUGAGGAUUUACAGAUUCAUAAACACACUGCGACAUCCAAAAAAAAUCGCCAAACUGAUGGUUGUCGAUUUGAUUUUCCAAAGCCAGCAAGUGUUAACACCGUUUGUCUUGGACCAGAUAAAGCACUUGCUAACAAUGGACGAUUUUGUAUAUUGAAACGAACCUCAAAUGAAACCAUGGUAAACAAUUACAAUGCAGUUCUUUUAAAUCUAUGGAAGGGAAAUAUUGACGUGCAACCGUGUGGUAAUGUCACCGCUGUGGCCUACUACGUCGCAAAAUAUGCCGGUAAAUGCGAACCACAUGACACAGGUGAUGUAAUUCGAGAAGCUAUUUCGAAUGCUAAAAGACAAGGUGGUGUUGUUUGGAAACAAUUGUUUUCAAUAUCAAUGACUAUUUUAAAUAAACGCUUGGUGAGUGCGCCCGAAUGCGCUUACAGAUUAUGCCAUUUGCCAUUGAAAAUGUCGUCGCGAAAGACUGUUUUUGUGAAUAGUUGCAGGCCGGAGGAACGUUACAGACUCCUGAGAUUUGAUAGCGAUGAAACCAGUAUUUACAAUAAUAUUUUUGAUCGUUAUGUAUUACGCCCAAACGAGCUGGAGAAUUUAAGCCUUGCGGAAUUUGCCGUCCGUUUUGAAACCGUCUCUAACACGACAUGGUCAGAGGACAAUGGGGAUGCGGAACUGAGAGACGAAGAUAUUACGCCAGAGAGGUAUAUCAGAUUACAGGACAAUACGAGAUUGCGUGGUGACAUCAGUUCAGAACAAAUUGGUCAUGCCGAAUUAAUUAUUCAACAAGCUGUUGCGCAAGCUACCGCGCUUAAUGCUGCGCGUGAAACCGAUAUAGGCAAUGCUUCCAUGUUAUGUGUUGGUGAAAAAAUUUUACAUGACGAUGAUAACUUUUGUGAAGACAUGGAAGAACGAGCCGUCAUAUCAGAUGAAUUGUUCCUAGGAAGCAUUCGAGGAUUAAAUAUCCAACAGAAGGAAUUAUUUCAGAAAGUUUCAACGGCAAUCGAAAACGAUUUGCAUGGACAAGAAAGCCAGCUGUUACUUUUUAUCACGGGCGGUGCAGGCAGUGGUAAAUCAUUUCUGCUGAAAUUAAUCGUGGAGCACAUUAAGCGUUGUUACGCACCAACAGUAGAUAUACUGCUGAAGCCUAAAUUUGUGGAAGUUGGGUCGUUAACCGGGGUUGCCGCUCGUCAAAUUUUUUGGCAAAACGCUACAUAG